AUGUCAGCGGACCGCCUAUUCCAGCCCCUCAAGGUGGGUAACAUGGAGCUCAAGCACCGUGUCGCCAUGGCGCCUUGUACACGCUUCCGCGCAAGCGAUGGUUAUGAGGUCAUCCCUCUGGCUGCAAAGUAUUAUGCUGAGCGUGCCUGUGUAUCCGGAACACUUAUUAUUACCGAAGCGACAUUGAUAUCGAAACAAGCUGGUGGUUUCGCCAACGUACCCGGUAUCUGGUCACAAGCUCAAGUUGACGCCUGGAAGCUAGUCACCAGGGCCGUUCACGAAAAGGGCUCAUAUAUUUAUCUCCAACUGUGGAGUCUUGGACGUACAGCAGACCCGAAAGUCGCAGAGAAAGAAGGCAUUACCAUCAAGUCUUCUAGCCCUGUAUCUCUGGGUGAAGGCUUCGCUACACCAAAGGAAAUGACUUUCCUACAAGAUACCUGUAACAAGCGUACAGACUCCUACGGUGGCUCUAUCGAGAACCGCUCUCGGUUCGCUGUAGAAGUUACACAGGCCGUAAUUGAAGCCAUUGGCGCAGAAAAGACUGGUAUCCGGUUGAGCCCAUUCUCCUCAUACUUCGGUAUGAGGAUGAAAGACCCGCUACCUCAAUUCAUCGAUAUCAUGAAGAAAAUGGAUGCUUUGAAUCUUGCUUUUCUGCAUCUUGUCGAACCACGUGUUCUCGGUAGCGACGACGUUGAAACCACGGAAUCAGUUGAACCCCUACUACCGCACUUCACCGGCCCAUUGAUCCUUGCUGGAGGCUUCAAGCUCCAAAAUGCAAACGAGUAUGUAGAGAAGCACAAGGAUAGGGAUAUUGUUAUUGCGUUUGGACGCUACUUUAUCUCGACGCCUGAUCUAGUAUUCAGGUUGCAGAAAGGCAUCGAAUUUAACCCUUACGACCGUGACACCUUUUACUUUCCGAAUGAGGGUGAGAACGGUUAUACGGACUAUCCGUUUAGUGAUGAGUGGAAGGCGGAGCAAGCGAAUUGA